AGACUGAGACAAAAUAUUUAAAUCUUAAAAUUAUUCUUUAAUCAACUCUAAUUUGGACUUUACAUAGCAGACUCAUAACUCCACCUCUUCUAGAAGCAUCUCAGCCGUCCGUCCGUACGUUCCUCCAUCCACCACUCACCUUUGCCACUCCUCACCGUCGUCUCCGCCGUCAUAUUCUCCGGCCAAUCUAUCCUCAUUCUCCAAACUCGGUUCGUGCAUUUUCAUUAUUUCCGCACACGAACUUUCAAAUCUAUAUAAAAGUUCUUCAAUCCUCGAUUUCUGUGCCCUAGGUUAACUUUUUUGCCUUUUGAAUUCAAAAUCGUUGAGCAAUUUGAAUGUCGGAGUCACCGAGCACAGAUCUGUGUGAAAUUUUUGCAGUUCUCGAUUUCUGUGCCCUAGGUUACUUUUUUGCGUAUUGAAUUUCAAAUUUGUUGAAUGUCGGAGCUGUGAAGUUUUUGCAAUCCUCGUUUUCUGUGCCCUAGGUUACUUUUUUUUGCUUAUUGAAAUUCAAAAUCGUUGAGCAACUUGAAUGUCGGAGCCACCGAGCACAGAUCUGUGUGAAGUUUCUGCAGUUCUCGAUUUCUGUGCCCUAGGUUACUGUUUUGCGUAUUGAAUUUCAAAUUUGUUGAGCAAUUAAUGUGACAUUUCUAUAAUCCUCGAUUACUGUGCCCUAGCAUACGUUUUUACUUAUUGAAUUUGAAAAUCGUUGAGAAAUUUGAAUGUCUGAGCCACCUAGAGUCGUGAGUUCAGAAAUGGAUGUUGCUGAAUCGGAAUCACGACCGGUGCUAGGGCCUGCGGGGAACAAGACGAGAUCGGUUGUGGAAUUGCGUAAACCGGUUGCGAAACCUAGGAGUAAAGUAGGAAAACGGGAGGAAGUUAAGAAAUCGUCGUCGUCUGUUGCUGUGACGGUCAAUUUGUCGCUACAUUCUAAGUCGAUUACGCCUCCGCCGCCUUCGGUUUUGAGACGGAAGGAUUGUAAGGUGCUGAAGUCGAAUUUGUCGAUGAAUGCGUCGUGCUCGUCGGACGCUUCCUCUGAUUCUUCGCACAGUCGAGCGUCUGUUGGGAGGAUUAGUCGACGGAGUGUGACGCCGGUCCGUGGUAAGGAAUCUGCUGGUUUGAGAAAUGGAAAGGUUGAGAAUGGUUUGAGAACAGUUUCGAAAGUAGGAAAAGUUGAUAGUGGUUCAAGAGGUGAGAAAGUUGAAAAUGUUGUGGAGAUUGAUGGUUCUUUGGAGGCUUCGGGUGAUGCUUCGCUGGGACGGAAGAGAUGUCCUUGGGUGACGGCUAACACUGAUCCUUGUUAUGCUGUUUUUCAUGAUGAAGAAUGGGGAGUCCCAGUACACGACAACAAGAAACUGUUUGAAUUGCUCAGUUUAUCAACCGCUUUGGCUGAGCUGACCUGGCCUGCAAUCCUCAACAAAAGGCAUUUAUUCAGGGAAGUGUUUCAUGGAUUUGACCCUGUUGCGGUCUCAAAAUUGAAUGAUAAGAAGAUAGCAACAUCAGGAAACCCUGCAACUUCUCUUCUUUCAGAGGUGAAAAUACGAGCCAUUAUUGAAAAUGCUCGCCAAGUGUGCAAGAUAACUGAUGAAUUUGGGUCGUUUGACAAGUACAUAUGGGGUUUCAUAAACCAUAAGCCAAUAGUGAACAAAUUCCGUUACCCGCGUCAAGUACCAAUCAAGACAUCAAAAGCAGAUUCAAUAAGCAAAGACCUGGUCAAACGAGGCUUCCGAGGAGUGGGCCCUACAGUCGUUUACUCGUUUCUACAAGUGGCUGGGCUCACUAACGACCACCUCGUUAGUUGCUUCAGGUUCAAUGAAUGUGUAGACGCGGGACUUGCAAAGGGUGUAACAGACGAUGGUCAAAACGGUAAACCUGAAGAGAGACGAUCAGAGGAUGGAAACGGGUUAGGGUUAACAAGGGUUAUUGAUGAAUUACGUUUAUCGGAUGAGUAAUAUGUUGGUAGUCUUUUGUAGUGUUAUGUGGAAUAUGGGAACAAGAGUAUGUGUACAAAUUGUUGUAUUAACGGUGUUUUUAGGUUGUAGAUUGAAAAGGCACAUACAUGAAAAUGAUGAUGGUGACGAUGAUUGUUAGAUAUUAUUCUUUACAUCGUUUUGCAUGUGCUUAUGCAUUUUGUAUGUUAUGGUUUUCCUACCACAUUCUAUGA